CAUUUACUCUGUGCUCCUGAUUCAGGAGAGAGAAGUACAUUCUGCUGCAGAGGUAGCACACAGUUAGCACGACUUGAUAUCAAGAGGAUUGAGUUUCUAUCAGUAUUAGCUGAAGCUCGGACAUGCAGACUUGUGCUCUUCACAGGACUAUAUGCGUUUGUCUGGACGCGGUCUGAUUCACGCACGAGGGACAGCUUUAACACCAAUGACACCCAAGCACAACUGCGCACUCAGAUAAAGGACUAUUGGGCUCGAGGUCAUUAGUGUGUCCGUGGAUAAACUUUCACGUUGCUAAGUCAGUGAGGUUCCUACAGUUUUAUGACAGACGUGAGCAUCAGUAGGAUCUGGGGUCAACAUACAGGAGGUCUGCAUGAUGAACAUUGAGAAUCCUGGUGGUUUUCACAGGAGCGGGAAGCAUCUGGACAUGGAUCAGAAGGUCGGCAAACUCACUUUCGGCUUUCAGAGAAGCUCUACCUCAGACGAUGAUUCAGGAUGUGCUUUGGAGGAGUAUGCCUGGGUUCCACCUGGACUAAGACCAGAACAGGUCCAGCUGUACUUCUCAUGUUUGCCAGAGGAUAAGGUUCCCUAUGUUAACAGCCCAGGAGAGAAAUACCGCAUCAAACAACUCUUGUAUCAACUGCCUCCCCAUGACAAUGAGGUGCGCUACUGUCAGUCCCUUGGCGAAGAAGAAAAGAAGGAGCUACACAUGUUUAGUGUGCAGAGAAAAAAGGAGGCACUGGGGCGCGGAACUCUGAAGUUACUGCCUAGGGCUAUGCUUCAUGCGAUCUGUGAACAUUGUGGGGAGAACAUUGUUGGAGGAGAGAUGGCAGUGUUCGCCUCAAGAGCAGGGCCUGAACUGUGUUGGCACCCAGCAUGUUUUGCAUGCUCAACAUGUAAUGAGCUUCUAGUGGAUCUCAUUUAUUUCUAUCAUGAGGGGAAGAUUCACUGCGGGAGACAUCAUGCCGAAUUGCUAAAGCCUCGCUGUUCAGCCUGUGAUGAGAUCAUCUUCGACGAUGAGUGCACGGAGGCCGAGGGCCGUCACUGGCACAUGAAGCACUUUUCCUGCUUUGAAUGUGAAAUCAUUUUGGGAGGUCAGCGGUACAUCAUGAAAGAUGGUCGGCCCUACUGUUGUGGGUGCUUCGAGUCCCUGUAUGCUGAAUACUGUGAGGCCUGUGGAGAACACAUUGGGGUUGACCAUGCUCAGAUGACAUAUGAUGGUCUCCAUUGGCAUGCCACAGAUGAGUGCUUCAGCUGUGCCCAGUGUAAAACCUCCUUGCUUGGUUGCCCGUUCCUGCCGAGACAAGGCCGCAUCUAUUGUUCCAAAGCUUGUAGUCUUGGGGAGGAUGUCCAUGCCUCAGACUCGUCAGAUUCUGCCUUUCAGUCUGGCAGAUCUCGCGAAUCCCGUCGCAGUGUCAGAACAGGAAAGAGCAGUCGUUCUGCAGACCAGUGUCGCCAGUCUCUGCUCUUCACACCUGCUGGAAAUUACAAGUUCCCUGGUUUGUCGGGCAAUGCGGAAGACACUUUGUCAAACAAGCUGUCCCAUUUGAACUUAACCGACGAUCAUUUCUGGAGGAACAGGGAGGAACAGGAAGUACCAGAGGACCAUGAAGAAUGGGCUGAGCAUGAAGAUUAUAUGACCCAGCUGCUUCUUAAGUUUGGAGAGCAUGGAAUCUUCCAGCAACCGGAGGACAACAGACAAACUGAUCCUUGGAUGACGGAAUCUGAGAUAAAAAAUAAGACGGAGUCAAAGAUUUCAGGCAGUGGUGGCAGUAGCAGUCUGGCCAGUAAAAAGUACAAGACAGACAUGUACUGGACACAUUCCCAAGAUGGACUGGGAGACUCUGCAUAUGGUAGUCACCCUGGACCUGCAAGCAGCAGGAAAAUCCAGGAGCUUGAUCUGGAACAUGGUGCCAACUUUAAACAUGAGGAAAAGCAGUGGUAUAAUGACUCACUGGAAUGCAUCACGGAUGGACUUAAACAGCAAGAGCAGAGUGUUCGAGACUCCAUGGACUCUCUAGCACUAUCUAAUAUCACAGGUGCGUCAGUGGAUGGGGAUUUUAAAGACAAGCAUAUUCCCUUUUCAUUACAAAACUUCAAGCUGGAGAAUCAGGAUUGUGAAAAAACAAGCAACAUGGGAACUCUCAACUCUUCAAUGCUGCACAGGAGUGCCAACUCCCUCAAGAGCCUUACGUCUGAGCUGGAGCAUGUAGAAGUGGUAGAGGAGGAGGAACCAGAAGAGGUGAUCCCCCUCCCAGAGGAACGACCCAUUCCUCCUGUUCUCCGGAGGUCCAGAUCUCAGUCAAGGCCUCAUCAGGUCAAGUUCUCAGAUGAUGUUGUGGACAAUGGGCACUACGAAGAUGUAGAGGUGCGACAACCUCCAAUGAGUGAACGCACGCGGAGAAGGGUGUACCAUUUUGAUGAACAGGACGAGCGACACCGUCGGCAUCAUCGUAACCACAGACGAAGGAGCCGAAAGUCUCGGUCAGACAACGCGCUGCACAUAGUACCCAAAGAACAAGCACGUAUGUGCUUCAGAGAGGACUAUCUCCAGCGUGGUCCUAUAACUGCAUGUCAGUAUGUACAGCACUCCCACGCCCAUGCGAACUCUGAUUACGGCUUGCAGAACCAGGCUGCUGAGAGAUUCUAUCGUCUUUAUGGAGAUGAUGACGAUUGGUGCUCUACAUGCUCCUCAUCUUCCUCUGAAUCGGAGGAAGAAGGUUUCUUCUUGGGUCAACCGAUCCCACAACCCAGGCAGCCUAGGUAUCAGUAUUAUGCUGACAAACUCCCCAAUCAAGUAUCCCCACAUUAUGGCACAAGGAAAAAUUCCAAAAAGAAGCGAGGACAUAAGGGGAAAAAUUGUAUAAUUUCAUAGACUUUAUAGAAUCAAAACUAGUCACCAAUAUGUUGCAAUACAAUAGUUAGCUCCUGCAUUUUAUCUGCCUUCAUCCAAAGGCCAAAAUUGACCCUAGCUCAAAACAUUUCUGCAGUAUUUUUGAUGAACAAGACUGGCACAUUCUUGAAAAUACAUUGUUGUCUUGCAAUUCAGUAAUAUUCCAUGUAAUGUGCAAAAAAAAAAAAAACCCAAACUGCUCUGUUUAUUAAAUAUCUGGUCACUUGGUCAUUGACACAAUGAAAGAUUAUAUUUAUAAAAGUACCAUAUAUAAUUGAGUGAAUAUUUAACUGUGCAAAUAUAAGUGUGUGUGUGUGUAUAUAUUGUAAAAAAAAAAAAAAAAAAAAAAAAAACUGUCCUGAUUUAAAGCAGAUAUUUUUAUAUCCCUAAAUUUUUAACAAAGACAAAAGUACUAUGAUAGUUGACGUAGCAGUAGUUGACGUGAUUUGCAGCAGCUUCACUUUUGUUAAUUAGUUGUUGUUGUGUUUUUUUUAUUUUUUUUUUAUUUUAAAUAAAAAAUGUCACCAAAUGCAAUGCAGUUAGACCCUUGUUAUCUCAGGGUCACAUGUACACAUGCUUCUUUUUAUUAAAACAAACUAAUGAAAAAGACGUCCUACGUUCUGUUUUAUGUGGUGCGCCAUUGGUUUGAUUUUUUUUUUUUAUGGGCCGUUGUAAAGAAAUCAGUGAAACACGAGCUUGGCAAUAAAAGCA